AUGAGCGAUUUCUCUGACGAUGGAUGGGGAUCUUUUGAGCCGGCUCGUAAAUCGCCGCAGCCAAUUCGUCUUCCAGACGACUCCAAUCGUCGAUCUUCCUUCAUUUCGCUUCAAAUGGAUCGAACUUUGCCAGUCGUGGAAUCGCCGGGAGUUACACCAUCUCCAACUCGCGAUGAAGAGCCAUCUUUCGAUGUCACGUUCAACUCUUCUACAACUGUUAUUUCGAAACCACCACCAACAACAGUUUUUGGAAGACAAAUGCCAACGAAUGUUCAAUCUUUUGGUGGCCAACAGGUUCCGCCAGCACAAAAAUCAGGCGGAUUUGGAUCUGAGAGCCAGGUUGGUUUAUCACUAUUAGUAAAAUAUGAAAUUCAUAAUUUUUUAGGACUCAGUUGACUUUGGUGUUGAGAAGAAAAUCGAGAGACCACCAUUUGGAGCUCCACCAACAAAAUCGACUGUUUUUGGUGUUCAAUCGAAACCAAGUUUUCUCAAUUCGAAAUCAACGAAAAUUGAGCAAGAAACAAAGUCAACUGGAUUUGGCACACCACCUGCUCCGGUUCACAAAUUUGGACAACAAACAGAAGAAAAACCUGCUGGCUUUGGUGCAGAACCUCCUUUUGGAAUCCAACAAUCGAAGCCAAGUGGAUUUGGAGAAACCAAAUCUAAUGUUUUCGGCAUUCAACAACCAGCAAAACCAAGUGGAUUCGGUGAAGAAAAAUCAAAACCAACUGGCUUCGGAGAAAAAGCGGCUGUUUUUGGCACCCAAGAACCAACAAAGCCAAGUGGAUUUGGAGACGACAAAACGCAUGUUUUCGGUAUUCAAAAGCCCAAACCGAGUGGAUUCGGUUCGAAUGUCAAAAAUGCAGCGACUGGUGAAAUGAGCCCAUUCAACAAACCUCCACCAACUGAAGAAAAACGACAAGGUUCACAAUUUGGUGCAGAUUUCACUCGGCCAAGCAUUGAUGCUAAUCAAACUGAAGACAGUUUGAUGGAUGGCGUUUGUACGGAUGAAGAUGAAACGAUAUUGAUGUCGAACCAAUCUGUCAAACAUCAACCGGGUUCUCGCGUCGGUUCAGAUUUUCAACCACCCAGCUCGAGCACAUUUGCCGUAAGUUGACACACUUCUAGAUAUAAGUUAUUUUUAACAAAAUCCUAUUGUUUUUUCAGAAAUCAACAUUUGGUUCCGAUUCAAAUCGCCCAUUCCAACAAGGUUCACAAUUUGGUGCGGAUUUUGAGGCGCCUGUUAAUGCUCCCACUGUUGCAUCACUCAAUUCGAAACAACCAGAAAAACGUCCAUUCCAAGGCUCACAAUUUGGAGCAGAUUUUGAAGCGCCAAAUGUUGGUACAAAUACCAAAGCGGUUCAUCAUGAUGUUGCACCACCUCAAAAUCGUCCAAUACAACGACAACAAGAUUUGGAUGCUUUGUCAGAUGAUGGAUGGGCUGAGGACAAUUCUGAAAUCGCACUACCACCAGAAGAUUCUGUUCAAACGAUUCAGUGAGUCGUACAUUCGAAAAAUAUUAAUAAAUUCCAAUAUAUUUUCAGAGCGGAAACAAGUAGCAUGGUAAACCAAUCACAAACAGUUAUUGGAAGUCAGAAAGGUGGAUUUGGUGGUUUGUCGAGUUCUGGUGGAUUUGGUUCAAAUUCACGAGUUCAACCACAGCCAGGCUCGAGUUCUGGAGGAUUUGGAGCUCACACAUCAAAUGGUGGAUUCGGAUCACAACCGCGUUCCGAUUUCGGUUCGAAACAACCAUCUGGAGGAUUUGGAGCUGGAACUCAAUCUGCUUUCGGAACGCAGCCGCAGUCAGCUCUUGGAAAUAAGCCAUCUCGUGGAGAAGUACAAGACAGCGGAUUCGCAUCUCGAUCACAGUCUGGUUUUGCCACAAAAUCAUUUUCUGGAGGUCUUGGAGCAAAUUCAGAGUCUGGAUUUAAAACUGAACCGUCUGGUGGUCACAAUACAGCAUUCGGAAGUAAACCAGCCAGUGGAGGAUUCGGUGCUGCUCAAACAACAUCUGGAUUUGGAGCAAAGUCGUCUUCGGGCGGUUUUGGAUCUCAACCACAACCAGGAUUUGGCACAUCCGCACAAUCUGCUUCAAAACCAUCUAAUUCUGGAUUUGGCACAACUUCGAAAUCAUCUUCUGGCGGUUUUGGAGCACAAGUACAAUCUGGUUUUGGAUCUAAAAAUCAAAACAGCGGAUUUGGAACCUCUUCACAAACCGGAUUCGGAUCAAAACCAGCUUUUGGAGGUGCCAAUGAAGACACUGGAUUUGGUUCACAACAACAAUCUGGAUUUGGAUUAUCAGCUGCUGCAAGUUCUGGCCAAACAACAACUGGUGGAUUUGGCAGCAAUGACAAAGGAUUUGGUCGAUAUGCGUCGUCAAAUCAAGGAGAAGGUCGGCCAGAACAAGACAGAACUUGCUACAAUUGUAGAGGUGUUGGACACAGAUCUAGUGAUUGUCCAGAACCACAGCGACCAAAAGUAUGCAAUAAUUGUCAAGCAGAAGGUCAUUUUUCGAGAGAAUGUGAUCAACCAAGAAGAGCACGUCCAUGCCACAACUGUCAACAAGAAGGACAUUUUGCAGCCGAAUGUCAAAAUGAGCGAGUUGAGAUUGCGCCACCUGGAGCUUGUACAAGAUGUAAAGAAGAGGGUCAUUGGAGUAAAGAAUGUCCAACUCGUCCACGCGAUUGUAAGUUUUUUGUUCAUCAAAAUUCAUAAUAAUAAAUAAUUCAUUUUUCAGUGGAUGGCAAUAUUCUUCAACCAUUCGAUUAUGUUGAAAAGGCCGAAGAUGAGUUGUUCGAAACAAUCAAACCAACAUCUCAAUGGUGGAUUGAUCAAGAACAGGACAUUGUUAUUUCGAUGGCAGAUUCGAAUAUUCCAGACAUCAAGUUAGUUUUAUACUUUGAAAAUAAAAAAAUAAGUUCAAUUUUUCAGAUCAUUCGAGCAAUUUCCGCAAAUCGACGAACAAGUUUUGGAAAAUUUAAAGCGAAUGCAGCUCGAGAUUCCGAUGCCCAUUCAACGAGCCGCUUAUCGACCAAUUUACAGUGGAACCGAUGUUGUUGCUUGUGCACAUACUGGAAGUGGAAAAACACGUAAGAAUUUCCUAACAAUGCAAAGAACUCGCAAUAAAUAUUUUUCAGUUGCUUUCCUUCUUCCGUUGGUUACUCGACUUCUUCAAAGUUCAUGGAACUCGGAUCAAGAUGAUGAAGUCCCAUCUCCACGUUUGGUUAUUGUUGCACCAACCCGUGAACUCGCACUCCAAACAUUUGAUGUUGUUCGAAUGGUCACUUAUAAAACCAGUUUGACCAAGGACAUUGUUUAUGGUGGAACCAGCCGAUCUGGAAAUUUGCAACAAUUGGCAAGACAUCGAAAACUCGCGAUUUUGGUUGGAACAAUUGGAAGAUUGAAGGAUUUUGUUGCAUCUGGUGAACUGAGUUUGGCCAAAGUUCAACACAUUGUUCUCGACGAGGCUGAUCGAAUGGUCGACGCACACGAUUUCGGAGAAGAAGUUGUGGAAUUGUUCAAGAGUUCGGAAGAGAGAACCGCACAAAUGGCAUUGUUCAGUGCUUCGUUCAAAGAUGAAAUCCAGAAACAAGAUCUUCUCAAAGUGGUCAAAAGCAAUUUUGCGAUGAUAACUGUCAACGAAUUUGGAACUGCCAAUCGAAACAUCAAGCAGGAUAUCAUUUGCGUUGACAGAAGUGAAAAGUUGCCCAAAUUAUUGGAGAUUCUUGGAAUCGAUGAGAAUUAUUUGUUGAUUGAAGGAAAUCGUGUUCAAAACGAUAAAACAUUGAUCUUCGUCAACUCGGUGAAAUUCGCUUCCACAUUGGCUGCUCGUUUCUCGGAUACUGGAUUGUCGGUCAUGCCAAUGCACAGUUAUAUGAUGCAACAACAACGCGAACAAGUUUUGAAGGAUUUCGAAUCCGGAAAAUAUCAUAUUUUGGUUGCAUCCAAUGUUUGUGCUCGCGGACUGGAUAUCUCAAGAUUGAGCCACGUCAUCAACUAUGACAUGCCAGAUGGAAAUGGAUUUGACGAAUAUGUCAAUCGAAUCGGAAGGUUAGUUAUUUUAAAUACAAUUUGGAGCUUGAAAUUUAAAAUAUUCAAUAAUUUUCAGAACUGGUCGCGCUGGUUUCCAUGGCGAUUCGACAGCCUUCUUCGACCAAUCUGCCGAUAUCGAAAUCGCAGGACCAUUGAUCAGUGUCCUCGAAAAGGCCGGAAAAACCGUGCCAGAAUGGUUGAAGGACCUCAACCAAUCAUCAGCUGCCCACCAAGAUGCCGAUGCUGAAGAAGAAUGGUGA